AUGGCUAACAACGAAGCUUUUACUGUAGACGUGAAGAGUCUUACCGGUCCCAAGAACUCGGUGACACUGAUUACAGGCGGCAGCUCUGGAAUCGGGCUCCAAACAGCCAUUAUACUCCACAACCUAUGUCCGCAGAACAAGAUCGCUGUACUGGAUCGCAAUCCACCUGUAUCAACAGCUCCGAAGGAGCUCACCUCCUCAGACCGCUUCCUCUACCUGCAAUGCGACCUCACGUCCUGGAGAGCACAACGCGACGCGUUUGAAAAGACAGUACAAAAAUUUGGAAGUAUCGACAAUGUCUUUGUUAAUGCAGGCAUAGCAGAGUACAAGGAUCAGUUCUUCAAGGACGAUCUAGAUCAAGAUGGAAAGCUUGCGGAGCCUGAUAGAAGAGUGAUUGAAAUUGAUAUGAAUGCUGCCAACGAUACGGUCAAGCUUGCAUUGUAUCACAUGAGGCAUCGGAAGGACAAGAAGAAGGGUGGUAGUAUUGUCAUGACGGCGAGUUUGGCAGGGUACCUUGCCUCAGCUGGGGCACCCCUGUAUAGCGCUGCGAAGCAUGGUAUUGUUGGCCUCAUGCGGGCUCUCAAGAACGACACGGCAACUCUCGACAUCGCGAUCAGCGUGGUCGCACCAGGCAUUACACUCACUGAGAUCAUUUCAGGUCGCGCUGAAGGUGAGUCGCUGCCAGACUGGGCCAAGAGGAUGAGAAAAGCAGGGGUACCUAUAAACGAUCCGAGCGAAAUAGCUGCCAACGUCGUGUGGCUGUUCUCCCAGGGAAUGAAGGGUAAUGGUAAAGGUCUACUUGUACAAGCUGGUCGGUCGGCCGAUCUCGAGGCUGGUAUCGCAAAGACAAGAAGCUCGUGGAUGGGAAAAGAGCAGCUUGAGCUCUUCAGAGGUGGACGGAAGGCUCCGCUGUUUCCGAAUAAGUUGUGA